CAUCACAGAUUGUAUUUAUCUAGUUAUUUGACUGAUACGUUUUUCUUGGCUCACAGUCAUAGUCAUUUUAGUAUGCAUAACAUUAAUAUAUUAUUGUGCGAAUCAAAGAAAUACAUCAAUACAGCUCAACCAAUUAUGGUUCUGUAUUUGUUUUCCAUGCAAAUGAUCAUUCUUGUUUUGUUUUAGACUUAAAUUACUGGAGAUCAGGGCAGGAGUUGAUGGCUUCAUGGUCUACGACAUGGACCUGAUUGAGCCCAUGCAAAAACUGUUUCAGCUUCACUCUCAUGGUCAGAAUCAACUCCUGCAGCUGCGUGAAGACAUCACUGUGACCCCUGAAGACUUGCUCACUAUGCCUGCGGGAGGAGUAACACUGUACGGACUGAGGUAUAACAUUGCUGUAGGAGUCCUCUUCAUUGAAGCCUGGCUUUCAGUACAACAGGCAGAGGUCAUUUCUUCUAUCUGGGGAAGGUUGAGGAUUCAGCAACAGCAGAGAUAUCCAGAUCUCAGGUUUGGCAGUGGAUCCGGCACCAAGUGAGACUGGAGGAUGAUGGGACAGUAGUGACCCGAGCUCUUGUCAGCAGUUUGGCUGAAGGAUUGAUGGAAGAUCUGAAGGCAGCCAUACAUUGCCAAACA